AUUUUAGCUUCUAUACCAACCUUUGAAAUGGAGAAAUAACAAGUAAAUUACUUGUCUUCUCUAUGGCCUUAACUGCUGGAAGUAGUGCUUAUUCUCUAUCAAGAUUUUAUGUGCAAGCAGCUGACACCAAAGAAAUUAAAGUGACAACAAAAAAAGAGACAUGGCAUGGAAGAAGAGAGCUUCUAUUUUCAACAGUUAUUGCAGCUGUCCAAGUUAAUGAUUCUAAAACUGAGCUUCUCAAAAGAUAUCUCAAGAAGUCAGAAGAGAACAAAGCCAAGAAUGAUAAGGAGAGAUUGGACAGUUACUAUAAGCGCAACUAUGGAGACUAUUUUGGCUUUCUAGAAGGUGACCUGAAGCAAAGGAAAGAGCAACUCACUGAAUCAGAGCAAGGCAUUCUUAAGUGGCUUGAAAGCAACAAAUGAGUAUCUCUCAAACUGGUUGUGAAGGCAUAUAUAAGCCAAAUCAUAGAAAGUUUUUGGUGUAGUAAUUGUAUAAACUGGAUACUAUAUUAGCAUCAAAUUCUUCCUCUCACAAGCCUAUCAAACUACUUUGGGACUAUUUGUGUAAAGUUCUCUGUGCUACAUUGGCAUUUCAGGGCUGUAAUAGUUCCAUUUCGGACAAGUUCAGGGGUUUAACAGGUCCCUUCAAAGUACAAGCGUGUGACUGGUAAUUCGAGACAGAUUCCGGGGUUUUCUUAA